GGAAAAGAAACUUGAGGACAGAGAGUCACUCUGCAGUUUUUGCUCUUCAAGCACAGGUUACAAUGCCAGGCAAGGAGGUCGUCGCUAUUGCUCACCUACUCCUGGAACCGCACUGCAUUGCUUGGAAAACAGGACAAGAGGACGUGGGAUGUCUCAUCCCAAUGGCUUUUUAAUGGCACUUGGUCAUAUGCACAUUGAUUCUCAGCACCAGCAUCUACUGCAAGAAAAUGAGCAGAUGCCAGAAGACAUUUUAGGUUUAGGUUUAGCUGAAGAAAAAGCCAUGAGCAGCUUUUCCGUUUUAAACGCUAGCAACUCAUCGCAGGCUGAGUCCCUCGAGGACGGCAGCAAUGGGACGGCAGUCACCCAGUUCACCCAGCCGGGAUGGCAGAUUGCUUUGUGGGCUAUCACCUACUCCUUCAUCGUUAUCACAUCCAUCGUUGGCAACAUCACCGUCAUCUGGAUCAUUCUUGCGCACAGGAGAAUGAGGACGGCUACUAAUUACUUUAUCGUCAAUUUGGCUCUUUCGGAUUUGCUGAUGUCUGCUUUCAAUACCAUCUUCAAUUUUAUUUACGCCAGCCACAACGUCUGGUACUUUGGUGAGGAGUUCUGCAGGUUUCAGAACUGGUUCCCCAUCACUGCGAUGUUCGUGAGCAUUUACUCCAUGACGGCCGUGGCCGCAGAGAGGUACAUGGCCAUAAUCCACCCGUUCAGGCCCAGGCUCUCUGCCGGCAGCACCAGAGUCAUCAUAGCGCUCAUCUGGCUGGUGGCGUUCGCUCUGGCCUUCCCGCAGUGCUUCUAUGCUGAGAUCCUGACGGACAACGGAACCACCAAGUGCAUCGUCGUCUGGCCCGGCGACGUCGGCUCCAAGCACCAGCUCACGUACCACAUUGCGGUGAUCAUGUUGAUUUAUUUGCUGCCAUUGAUGGUGAUGUUUGUUGCGUACAGCAUUAUAGGAAUUACCCUGUGGAGCAGCGCGGUUCCAGGCAACCACCUUAACAGAGUCUGCUAUGAGCACCAAGUUAAUGCCAAAAAAAAGUUUGUGAAGACCAUGGUGGUAGUUGUGAUCAUUUUUGCCGUCUGCUGGCUGCCCUAUCACAUCUAUUUCAUCCUGGGGAGCUUUAAGGAAGACAUCUACCAGCAGAAGUACAUUCAGCAGGUUUAUCUCGCAAUCUUUCUGCUUGCCAUGAGUUCAACGAUGUACAACCCCAUCAUAUACUGCUGUCUUAACCAAAGGUUCCGUUCUGGCUUUAAAUUAGCCUUCCGGUGGUGUCCCUGUAUAAAAGCAACUGAGAAAGACAAACUUAAACUUCGGUCCCCAUCUCUCUACCAGACAACCCACAGGAAGUCGAGGACAACAAGUUUUGACACAGAAACUGCACUGAACGAGAAAGAGAAGACGUCGUUUACCCUCACCCAGCUAACGCUUUGAUUUUCUUCUGAAGCAACUCUUUCCUACAGGACUUUUUCAGGUGCCAUUGGCAUUGACAGCAGUCUGCUGAUAAUACUCAUAUCUGCGUGGGUCCAAAUAUCACCCAGCUGUGGAUGCAGUUCAGCCCUCCCUUACACCAACAACUGCGACUUGGAACAGAGAGAAUUUGCCCAAAAAAGCAGCGAAGUGGAUGUGAGGCUGUGCCAAUCAGAAGAACAUCAAUUAUUCUCCUCCAGAUAGCGAUUCUCCUGCUUUCUGUUCCACCAAGAUACUUAAAUCUGAAGAAGAGGUGAUGGAGCAGAAAGGCGGGGGCACAUCUGGCCCCGUGUGGGCGGCUGCUGGGGCUGUGUGGGCAGCUGGUGACACGGCUCGGCAGCCGAAGGCGGACUCUGCAGAGCAAAGCUUCUUUACGACACGGGCAAACACUAACAAAUCCAGAGCCCUGCAAACCUUCCGAACUCUGGGAGUUUCAUGCCUGCAACUUCCCCAGCAUCACCUCUCAUCAGCUAAAAGAGAGGAACGGUUCUUUAAGAUGCCAUCUUUGCACAGAUUUCUGUAACCUUAUACCAAAAUACCAUGCCAUGUCCCUAUUAAGCUGUGCCCAGGUGACUCCUCUGACCUCACAUAGUUAAUUGUGGUGCCUAGUUUGGUGAGAGAGGCUCUCAGAAGAGCCCGUAGCCAGGCGUGAGCUGCUGGCUGGUUUGGGGAGGGCUCGCGGAUCCAGCGCACCUCCUGUAAAUGCCGACCGCAGCCCAUCGCUGCCUUUUCCCAGACAGCCCCUCAUCUGCCCUGGCUAGACUUACCUUGUUUUUAUUAUCACUGUUCUUCUCUUCUUGGAUAUGAAAAUAAAGGCUGAAAUCUAUAACCUUCAAA